GAAAUUCUGAGCGCAUUUUUCGCAGACGGUGAGUCGCGAAGAAGGCGUGCUGAUUGCAUCCUUGAACCAGAUGGAGCCCAGAGAUUUUGGGGCUGCCUACAGGCUCCCUCCGCUGAACCAUUGGUCAGACAUCGCGUACCUUCAGCUGUUUGGUCCUUCUGCGGCCCGUCCUACGUCUUCUUCACCCCUAAAGUUAGAUUACAUCAUUCGCCACAGCAUUGCCAACAGGACCGCCAAAGCUAUAGCUGAGUAUAUGCUCACCAAACACAAGGUUCAAGACCCAGCCUGGCUCGGAUUAACCUUUUCCCUGGAAACGGACGAGGGCAAGGUCAUUUUGAGCUCGCCUAACCGCUAGGAUGCAGCGCACCUGCCGGCGGGUGUAAAGAGCAGCUUGGCUUGAAGACCAUGGACAGAGUCACCGUCUUCUAUACGAGUGAUAUGGUAUGCUCUUCUAGGUAUUUGAAUCUACUGUUGUGGCUGGGAGAUGUUGAUGAUUCGCAAAUUUCAGACUCUGAGACUCAGUAACAGAACUUCGGGGACAUGGAGCAGAU